AUUCUAAUCAAUCUGUGUAGUGUUCGAUGCCUCUGCAAAGUGUGUAUGGUGCUCGGAAUUUCAGACGCGUGCUACUUUAAAUAGCAAUCCAGGUAACGAUCAAAGGCAGGUAAAGAAAGUUGAUGUUAAAAUCGUGUUCGCUAUGUCAGAAAGUGAAACCAUAGGGCCUCAACAGAAGCAGCAGCAGCAAUUUCCACAGCAACUCGGAGCAGGUUCAAUGGCUAACAUGGCGUGGCAAUAUCCCUCGGGCAACAUGCAUCUUUAUCCUCCAUACGCAGGGCCGAUGUACGGACAAGGUUAUAACCAUAAUCAGAUGUUUUAUUACCAUCAAGGAAUGAUGGGCGCAUAUGGACAGGGUUUUAAUCCACAGCAUAUGCAACAGCAGCAGCAACACCAAAAUCCCAAUACUCCAGGAAAACAGCAGGUUCAGCAGUCUCAGCAGCAGCAGCAGCAACAAUCCCAACAACAGCAACAACAAACCCAACAGCAAUCUGAAAUUCAGCCCCUUAUGCCCGUCACUCCCAUGCCCCUUGACGACGAUUCCGAUCUUCCACCUCUUCCCCCAGGACCCCCACCUCCCGCACAAUCGAAUAAGCUUACACAAAAUAAUCAAAAUCAAACACAAUUGUCCCAGCAACCAUCUUUCGUUUACAAUCCCUACGCGCAAAACAACUGGAAUGGAAUGUACAGUGAGGGUUCUCAAUUUAACGGGCAGAUUCGUUUCAAUCUCCAGAACAAGAAAACCGGUCUCGGCUUUUCUCCUUCUGGAAAUAGUGGGGCGGCGAAGAAAAAGCGUAAAAGGAACAAAAACCUCGCGGCCCAGAAUAAAAAUAACACCUUUCAGGGAAUUCAUAGCGCCCCGACGACUUUUGUCUCGGGUCCAAAUUUGAAUACCGAUAUACCUCCCCUACCACCCCAACAUCAGGAAAUUGUCCCGACUCCCCCUCAAGUUGAGCAACCACCACCGCCACUGCCACCAUCCAUAAUUAUUGAUAAUCCCGUAGUAACUCCAGCAGAGCCCGUGCCCGCGAAAGCUUCGGUAGGUAGUCCUCUCGGGAACGUGGUGGGUGAUUGGCCGGAUAAUUUGAAGAACUACGUGAACCGGUGCUAUGAGAAGUGCCAGACGCCCGUCGACAAGGAUCAGGUUGAGAUUGUACUCAAGGGGAAAAUCACGAGGGCGGCGAAUGACGGAUCACUUUGGGUUAAGGACUGGGACAAAGAGCCUCUGCCGAGCAUUCACAGUGAACGUAUGACCAUGACGAUAAAACCUCGUAAUUCGCCUUUGAAACUCGGCUUUUCGCUGGCCAGUAUGCAGGGAGGCUUGCGCAAGCCAGGGCUCUCGACAUCCCUCGGGGCACGGCUUGGCGCGCGUCUCUCUGCCGGUCACAAGCGAUCCAGAUCGAGGUCGCGCUCGAGGUCGAGGUCACGAUCGAGAUCGCGUUCACGCUCUCGUACACCCUCACGGAAAUACAGACGUAGCACUUCCUCGUCGUCGAGUCCGAGCGAUCGUGAUCACGAUCACAAGUCGUCCAAGUCAAAAAAAUCGGCUCGAAGCAAACAGAGUAGUAGUCACAACAGCACCACCAACAAGAAAACGAAGAAAACAAAGCCGGCAAAGUCGCAUUUUUAUUCAGAGUUUGGUUUAGCGACCGGGAGCGAGGAGCUUGGAUCCAAGGAGAAGUUGCAGCAGCGCGCGGCUAGAUUCAAUGAUUCUUGUAGAUCGGCUAACAGUAGUAUUAGGGAAGAUGUCACGGGGGAUUUCGACUUCACAGGUCUUCAUAUUAUCGGAUCCUGUCAGGAUCUCGAGAAACAGUAUCUACGUCUCACUUCUGCUCCAGCUUCGUCUGCUGUGCGACCGGUAAGUGUACUAAAAAAUUCCUUGGCUCACGUUAAGAAACGGUGGUUGGCUGAGCAAGAUUAUCGGUAUGCGUGCGACCAACUGAAAUCCAUUCGUCAAGACUUGACGGUACAAGGCAUCCGCGAUGCUUUCACUGUUCAUGUUUAUGAAACCCAUGCUCGAGUCGCACUCGAACGCGGUGACCAUGAAGAGUUCAAUCAGUGUCAGACCCAAUUGCGGAUGUUAUAUCAGGACGUGGGUGGUGAGAAUCGCUGUGAAUUUGUGGCUUACAGGAUACUCUACUACAUUUUCACCAAGAACACGCAAGAUUUAACCACGAUUCUCGCGUCACUUUCGGCGGCUGAUAAGAAAGAUGAGUGUGUGAAACAUGCGUUAAAGGUUCGCUCAGCCUGGUGGCUCGGUAAUUUCCAUAGUUUUUUCAAACUCUACAGGAAAGCGCCACGAAUGGCGGCAUUCCUGAUGGAUUGGUUCAUCGCGAGGGAGCGAAAGCUUGCUUUAAAAACUGUUAUCAAAACCUACCGGCAAAAUUUGGCAGUUGAUUUCAUCGUAGCAGAAAUGGCAUUUGAUACGUUGGACAAGUUUUAUGAAUUUGUCUCUGAGUUCGGGUUGGUUUAUGCUGAUUCCGAGAAAAAGCAAAUCGACUGCAAGACGAGCAGUGGUUCUCUAGGUGGUUGGUAGAGCAAACACACACAAAAAAAAACAUACACUCUUUUUUUCCCUCAAUUCUUCUCGAGGGAAUGGAAAGGAACGGAGAAAUAUUGAUUGAUAUUUCACAGGCGCGAAACGAAAAGCACACAGAUUAGUGUGUGGGAAACGCGCGUGUGAAUCAAUUGUUGUUUGGAAGAGAAUCGGGGGUCACACACUCUCUCUCUCUCACUCUCUCUAGCUUGACAUGCUUUUUUUAUUGACCAUGCGUACUUUUCCAAAUUUGUCCGAUUCGUCGUCGUCACUGUACAUAGGAUAAUAUAUUACGUAUGCGAGUUUUAGAUACGUAAAAAAAUUAAUUAAUUUAAAACAAGGAUCGAAAAUGUACAUUUUUUUUGCCUUUUUCUCUUUUGAGGUAUAAAAAAAAGGUCUCUCGAAUCCUCUGUCAUAUAGCUACUACUAUCUUGAAUCAUGGAAGAGAGGUGUGUGAAAUUAUUUUGUACAUACAUUUUAUCAAGUAUGUGUGAGCUGAAAUGUACAUAGGAGCGGAGGAGAUGAUACUCUUUAUAUAUAUAUAUAUAUAUUCUUGAAGCAGAAUGAAUUUUGGGAAAGUCGAUUUAUUAUAGUCGUCCAUCAGUAGAAAAAAAAGGAGUCUUGAGAUAGACGAGAGCAUGGCAGAAUCUUCUUUGAUAACAAUAUCCUUCUUCAGAAUCACGGCAAUUGAUUUUUUUGCUUACCCUUUUUCUCUAUCCAUUUGGAAAGCAGAGUAACUACAGGUGUCUUGAUUUUACGUUUUGUUGUUGUUGUUGGGAAAUCUCGCAUCAUAACCAGGGAAUCAUAUAAAAAUUAAUCUGCUCAGCCGAGAAGAAUUUCUUUGAAACAUGGUUCGGGAAUUGGUUGAAAUCCUGGCUCAAUUUUUACCGAGGACUUCUAUGAUUAUCAAGGAAAUCAACUCCGCGACGGGCAUUGGAGACAGCUUUAUUUCUCAUCGAUUCAAGAGUACGAGCUGAAACCUUGUACUGAGUUUAAAAAAAUUCGACGGGCAGAAGGUGUCUCUCUCGAGGAAGCUUUAAAUAUUUUACUGAUGAUGAUGAUGAAAUGGGAAGUUUGCGGAUGCUUCAGUGAGGAGAGAAAGAAGAUGAUGAUGAGGAGAUAAGUGAGGACUAUAUGUAAAGGACAAUGCUGGUGGUGUGCCAGAAGUGUUAUAUAUCUUUUGAGUGCAGGUGAAGAACUCUAGAAAAGUUAAAAAAAAGAGCGAAUUUAGGUUGAUGAGAUAUAGAAAUUGGCGACGAUAUUGUUUUCAGGAUCGACUAUUGGAUAUCGUUGUACGAUGGAAGGAUUGCAAAUAUUUCGUAAUAAACUAAAUCUUUUUUUUUAUUAAUUUGUCGCCAUUUUAUUUCUAAGCGAAGUCUAGGUUAUUAAGUGUGGUUAUGAAGAAAAAAAAAGGAUUCAACUUUUUUUUCAAGUAUUGAAACUAUCGAAUGAAUGUCCUGUUUUCUUUCCUAUCGAAACAAAAAAGUGGUGUAACGAUAUAUCUCGAACUGAUGGGCUUUUUUUAUACUUGAGAGUUAUUUUAUGUAUUAAAUUUUGAAAAUUACAUGUACAAAUAAAUCCCUUUUAUAAAGGAAGAUGUUGGAAAGCCUUGCAAAUUGAAAAGCAUUUGUGCUUUUUAAAUAGUCUUGGGCGGCUAAAUUAAAAUUUUCAAAAUUAUCUAAUAAAUUAUUGUAAAUAUUGUGUAAGACUUGAAUUUAACA